GAACUGCUUUCAUCGGCUACCGCAAUCAAAACCCCAUCACCAUUCCAAAGAUCGAAGAGCUACUGACCGAUUUGGGCGCCUACGAGACACUGACAGUUACUACGGGUGAAGGCCCUUACGGCGAGAAGACUAAAUACGGCACGGUUGUCUUCGUACAGUACGGCGAUUGCCAGAACGCAUUGAAAGUCUUUAAAAACGACAAGGAAAUCUAUCUGAUCAGAAUGGAGCGCCCGAACAACCCCCAGAACCGCAACUGGAACCCUCGAGGUAGCUUCAACCGCAGGGGUGGUCGAAACUGGAACAACGGCAACGGCAACGGUCAUGGCAACGGAAAUGGCAAUGGCAACGGAAAUGGGAAUGGAAAUAACAACAUCAAUGGUAACGGUGGAAACAAUGGAAACUACGGAAGAGGUGGCUAUCGCAAUGUCUCUGGCCACAGAGGAUCCUUUUCAGGCCCACACACUCCCAACUCGAGUUUCAACGGCCAGAAUUUCUCCUCUCCAGGUUUCCCCUCUCCGACUUUCUCAUCUCCAAAUUCUCCUGCUCAGCAUUACAACGGAGGCAAUCAGUUUGCUCCCGGCUUUGCCAGUGGGGGUAACUUCAGUCAGGGUUAUAAUCCUAACAUCCCUCAGGCCUUUGGGAACUUGCCUCAUACGUAUCACGGCAACAACCUUCCCCAGAACUACCCGCAAGCAUAUCCACCCGCUGGAGUCAUGACUGGUGCACCUGUCUUCUACAGUCCAGUACCUGAAGGCCCACCGACAUUUGAUUAUCCUAUGAUGCCAAACCCUGCAUUUCCUUCUUUGUGUGUACCGGGCCCUUACCCUCCUGCUACUCUUCCUCCCAUGAUGUCGCAGCCCCCGACAACUGCUGGAGCUGCUCCACACAGAGCAACAACCGAAUACAAAGGGCCGUUGAUCGUUUCCAGCCAACCUCAAUAUGAUACGGAGCAUCACCGAGAGCUUUACCACAGCACCCCUGAUCAGGGAGCCUCUGGAACGGCCCCAGGUUGGAUUGAUCCAUCAACCGGAUGUUACAUGCAGCUAGAGUACCACCAAUAUCCAAUCACCACCGAUCAUCAAUACGGUCAUCCUGACAUGGAAAUGCCAUACACAGGAGGCUUUACUGGUGCGAGGACAUCUGGUUCUCAGUUGACUCAGACCCGAGUUGACCCAGCUGAUUCGGAAGAUACCGAGAGAGGACGACGCUUUAAUCGAGGUCAUCAUUCAAUCACCGAUGGGGGAUGUGACUCGCCACCAAUUCCCACAGAUACGGAUAAUACGCAAAAGAAACUCAACCUCAGUGACGCGAAGAAGCUUAUCGAGUCUCACCUUGAGCCAACUCAGACAUCAAAUGAGACUCUUGAGCCUGAGAAUGACCCAAAAAAGCCCCAGCUUGAGCCAAAGCUGCAAGGUGAGCAGACCGAGCCCCUACCUACCGAGUGCACCAACGAGCCUAGUCACGCCGUGAUUCGAGAAGUGCAUCAAGUUGAGGCGACUAGUCAAGCUGAAGAUCUUGGCACCGAGCAUGGAGAGUCUGUGUGUGGUGAAGCUGGGAAUUUGGCACUUGAAACCAGAAGCUUGGAGAGCAAUGCAACAUCCGAUGAGGUACCCGGCACCAAGACCCCAGAAACCGACGAUGAACCGUGCCAGAAUACUACUGCCAGUCCAGAAUUGCGGGAAUGUUCGGACUCUGCACAGACAGAAGCUGAGUCCCAGUUUUCUACCUCCACCGUGGUUCCUGAGGCAACAGCUGCUCCCUCCAAGCGUGACAAAGGCAAGACACCUGCGAUACCCGAAGUCAUAGACCGGCCUGGCUUAUCAAGAGCUGUAAAGACUACCCCUACACGCUCCCUUCCUCGACGCAGCAAGCCAAAAAAGCUCAAGAAAAAGUACCAGCCCAAGACUGAUACCGGCAAGAGCAUUGAGCAGUAUACUCGCGAGGUGUAUGCCGAUCGGCUUGCACAGGACCCUGACUUCAAAUUCAGUGAUGAGGGCUAUUUGGAAGAUGCUAUCGGGGAGCUUCAAGAUGAGUGGCGCCAGAAAGGGCGCAAGGCAGCAGGUCUGGAUCCCCACGACGAAAGUGCGGACGACGCCGACGAGUCCACCAACUAA